UUGACGCUUAUUUUCUGUUUGUUUGUCCCUUCUCUAAUCAUGAAUCAUGGUGCAGGUGGCAUGGGGAGCCUCUCGGCCUUUGUGAUCCCCGUGUUUUUGGACACCAACGUGGCGGCGGACCACAUGCUGCGGCAGUGGGUUCGGCUGUACCACUACGGACACAUCUACAUGCCGGCGGUAUGCAUAGCCACAUGUGGGAUCUUUGCGUACGCCUUUUUGGACAAGAGGAGGAGCAGCAGCAGCAGCAGCAGCAAGCAUCAUCAAAGCGAUCCGAGCCGGUCGGCUGCGUCGCGGUACGGCCUCGCCGCCGUGUCCACCAUCGCCAUGGUCCCCUUCACCUGGCUGGUCAUGGCGCCGACCAACAACACGCUGUUCCGGCUGGAAUCGUUGGGAUCGACCGUGACGGAUCUGGCGCUGGUGCGGACCCUGCUGGUGAGGUGGGCGUGGUUGCAUGCCGUCCGGUCCUUGUCACCCCUGCUCGGGGCGUUUGUGGCCUUCACCGGUCUGGUGCAGGAAUUGGGGGCGCGGGGGGAGUGAAGGAAGAAUUGCGAAUGGGCCCGAAAAAAAAGGCCGUGUUGUUUUUGGUCCUCGUGUUAUUUUUUUUUUUUCCGGGCGAUUUCUUUUCUCGAGUUAUGUUCCGUGCAGGAUAGUAUGCCCUUUGGUUUUUGUGAACUUUUUUUUUU